AUGAAAACUGCCAGUAGUAAUUCAAACCCUAGUACAAUUCAGCUCAUUCCAUUCAACCCCGAUGACCCCGAGGCUGAUAUUGAAGGUUGGUGCCGAGUCACAGAAAUAAUUGUUCAUAAGAAGUGCCUUGAGGGUGUUGAUUUGCUUGUGGCUCUUACUGGUGCAUUAAAAGGCCGUGCAGCAACAUGUAUCACUAAAUUUAACUUGAAUGAAUUGUCAUGGGAUGUUAUAAAACAGACCUUAAGGGCUAAAUUCUCUAAGCCGAAGCUGUUACAAGACUACUUCGAUGAGAUAUUACGUUUUCAAAUUAGCUCAAAGGAAACUGCUUCAGAAGGUGCCUUAAGACUGUGGAACAUGAUCGAAAGUAUUCCAAAAACCGAGAUGCAGGAAGAAGUUAUAACUGGUUUCGUGAUUUCUGUGUUAAGUCAAAAGGACAGCUUGAUACGCCGAGAGUUAAAUGCUCAUGCUAUCACCACACGUGCUCAGCUAUUUAGAAUCCUCGGUGGAGUAUCGCUGAAACGACGCAUUGAAGGCCCUGAUGUUCAAGAAUCAGAUCCUAAGCGAGCCCGGUGGAGCGAAAAUACCAGAUUUCCCGGCAAAUGUCAUUGGUGUGGAUUACCUGGUCAUCGAGUAGCAGACUGUAAAAAAAAAAGAGAAGACUGUGGAUCCAGCAGAUCUGCGCAGCAAAAUGCUACAAGUUCCGCGCACGUACUAGAGAGGAGACAAACUACGUGCUACGCUUGUGGCAAAGCUGGUCACCUCGCGACAACCUGUCCUGACAGGAAGAGCGGUGCAGUUUCAAGAAAAAAGGUCAAUAUCUGCGAGCAACGACUGUCGAGGGGCAUUUUGAGGACGUCAUCUGGUGAGCAAGUUUCUUUUCUUUUUGAUAGUGGCUCAUCUUGCUCUCUUUUAAAAGAAAGCUUAAGUAAUAAGUUUCCGGGUACUGUACGCAAUGAUCUCGUUUAUCUUUCUGGUAUUGGGGGUGAUGAAAUUAAGUGCACGUCACAAAUUUUAAGCGUUGUAAAUUUUGAUAAUAUCUCGGAAUCGGUGAAUUUCCAUGUAGUGCCUGAUCGUUAUAUUUUAGAACCCGUGAUUAUAGGUAGGGACAUUUUAGAAAGAGGUGUUAGUGUAAAGAUUGAUGGCGAUAAGUUAACUUUUUAUUUUAAGAAGGAAAACAAUUUAUGUGAAUCAGGUAUGGUGAAACCAGAUUUUACCCAGAUCGAUACUGAUCUUAUAGGGACUGAUAGAAAAUCUCUUAUAGAACUGCUUAGUAGAUAUGUCGAUUGCUUCAUUGAGGGUAUUCCAACUAGACGCGUGAAAACUGGUGAAUUAGAAAUUACUUUAAUAGACCCACACAAAACGGUGCAGAGACGUCCUUAUAAGUUGGCUCCAGUAGAAAAGUAA